AUGCAAAGUCAUAUAAAUUUAUAGAAAUAUGAAUCUUAUCAAAUGCAAAAACCAAACAUUACAGUUUUCGAGUAAUCAACUUUAAUGAAUAUUUUAACUGAUGAAUAAAUUGAUGAAUCUGAUUCAGAACCAGAAAAGUUCAUUUAAGAAACCCAAAAUCAAAAUCUCUUACUUUCUAAAUAGUACAUUUACUUUCACAAAUAGAAAAAGCCAACAUAAUAAUACCAUAUUUGAAGAUGAAAAUAAAGAAGGUAUCUUAGAAGAAAAUGGAAAGGAAAUAAAUCAUUCGAAACCAUUCUUAAUGUCAAUCAACAUUUCUAAUUUAAGUCUAUAACGAUUUCCUACUUUAGAAUCAGAAAAAGUAUUUAAGUAAUUUAAUUGAGUGUAGAAUCUAAGGGCUGAAAUCAACCAUAUAGAAAUAAAUAAUGAUGUUUUAUAUUAUUAGAUAGAAACCAAAUCUUCUUAAUUAGGGUACACUGUCAAAGUAAAGAGAAGAUAUAAUGACUUCAAGUUUUUGUUGAAGGAACUAACAAUUCGAUUUCCUUGGCUCAUAUUACCACAACUACCUAUUGGAAUUAGAGUGGGAAAACUUAGUAACCAAGAUGUAGAAGAGAGAAAAAGAUUGUUGUAGAAUGUUAUAAAUAUUAUAACUAUGCAUUAAGAAUUGAUACUUUCAAGUUCUGUCAGAAAUGUAAUAUUAAAUUUUAUCUAACAUUAGUUUUUCGAAGAAGGAGAUUAAUAGGAAUUUGAGAAUAAAAGAAUGUAAGGUUAAUUCAAUAUGAAAGGAGGUUUGGCAUAAAAUCUAUAAAUAGUAAUAGAUAAAAGUAUUUAAUCAUUUGGAUAAUUAAAGAAUUGGUGGAAUGGUACUAAUUCAAACAAAAGAUGUGAGGAAUUGGAAUUAAUAUAGUUAGACAUGCUAAAAUUAUAUGAUUAAUAAGCUAAAUGUUAGAAAUUACUUUUAGGUCUAUAGGCUUAACAAAAAAAAUAACAAAAAAUUAAGGAUAUAAUUGCACAAUAAGAAAGUUAAAAAACCUAUUUAUUAAUUGAAAGAAAACUUCAUGAUUGUAUUUUCGAUUAUGCUAAAAAUUUGGAUUUCUAAACUAAUACUUUAGAAGAUAAAUUUGUAAUUAAUCUUAUUUAUAAUUAGGAUUAAUAUUAUCAAUAGUAAAUUUGGUUAUUAAUGAAUAUAAUUGAAUUUAUUGAUUAUGCUGAUAUUUAUUUUAAGCAUUUAAUUUAAUUCAUAGAAGAACUUAAUGAAUAAUUACACUAAGUUGUUCCAAAUUAAUAAACGUAUUUCAAUAUAUAAUUAUUAGUCAUUAAACAAUUAAGGAUAUGAUCAAUAAAUAUUUGAGUAAAGCUAAAGAUUAAUUUUGUAAUAAAAAAGAUGGUAUUAUAUCAAAAUAUAUGGGGAUUUAAUAAAAAGAAUUUACUUAUUAUUAUAUUAGUUAGUAAUAAGAGAUUUGGGAUUAUGCUUAAGAAAAUAAAAACAAAUUUAAUUGA